UGGUCUUAUAGUUUGCAGUCGUGUCCUUUUUAGACAAGCGUCAGCUUUGCGGGACCUUUUCUGAAGUUUAAUUCACGCCGACUUGCUUGCUGUUCAUUUGACGUGGACAUUAGGUUGAAGAGGGUUUCGGAGUUCUUGCUCUCAUCGAGACGAAUAAAGUAAAAUGCCUGGACCAGCAUCAAGCGCUACCAACGUUGGGGCAUCUAGCCGUUCCCCCAGUAAGACGGUGGCCCCUCGGCAAGCAGGCUCCACAGUCAGACAGAGGAAAGCAACCAGCAGCAGUACACGCAGCGGUGGCAGGGCCACAGGAUCAGCAGGCACUGGUGGCAUAUGGCGCUUCUACACAGAAGACUCACCAGGCCUCAAAGUCGGCCCAGUGCCAGUGCUGGUGAUGAGUCUGCUCUUCAUUGCUUCGGUCUUCAUGCUGCACAUCUGGGGAAAGUAUACCCGCUCUUAAGCCUCACCUCGUGACCUCUGACCCUGCGCCUCAGCUUCUUAACACAUUGGCUCUGGACCAAACAAUAAGAAAACAUAAACUUAGUUUCCUACUACCAAUACAACAUACAGACAAAUAACUGGAUGAGCAGCUGUUUCACGUGAACAUCUGAUUGGAUGAAUGUGAGGAAGCUACGCCCGGCCUCCUCAGAUGUGAUCUGUGUGUGUAUGUCCAUUCUUUCAAACAACCGUUUAUGUCUCCCCUCCACUGCAAGAUUCAGUGCAGUGCUCAAAGACAUUGUUUUCAUGCCCCCAGCAAAUGUCUCCUUGCAGCCUGAAUUACAUUUUUUAAGUGGAAUUUGUACAAAAUGUGAUUAUAAUGUGUACAAUUAAAAAAAAAAGUAAAAUCA